AUGCCAACGCCUUCAUGUAUGAACAUGGUGCGGGAAGAGAGCUGCGAAGAAUCUUGAUUUGCCGACCGACUCAAUAUUCCCGUCCCGUUCCCAUUUUGCUCCAUUCAAGCACAUAUUUUUCUUCUUCUUCCUCGUAUAAUCGCUGCCAUUUCCCAGAAAAAGAAGGCCCCAAAAAAACUUCCAGAAUAAAGAGAAACAGUUUCCAACGACUGCAGAUGAAGCUUUGUCCUGUUUCGGGAACAUACCCAGCCUUUUCUUGAUUCUCCGUUCACUUUUCUUUUUCCGGCUUAUACUGUAACUUCACUGUAGAAGCUUUCAGAGGUUUUUGGUAGAUGUGGGCUCGUUCAGUUCAUGAACAAAAACAAAAUCAUAUGGAAGAGCUCCGGAAUUCAUCGUCAAUGGCGGCUCCUUCAGAAGGAGAAGCGUCCGCUCAGCUCACUGUUGUAUCCAAGAGAAGGCGAAGCCUUCCCGGAACGCCUGAUCCGGAUGCGGAAGUGAUAGCUUUAUCGCCGAAAUCUCUGCUAGCGACGAAUAGAUUCGUGUGCGAGAUCUGCAGCAAAGGGAUAUAGCGGGACCAGAAUUUGCAGCUUCACCGGCGUGGCCACAACUUGCCGUGGACGCUGAAGCAGAGGGGCGGCAAGCCCAAGAGACGCGUUUACGUCUGCC